UGCGUGGAAUUAAAAUUAUGACGUUGCGGGCCUACUCGGCGGCAGGCUCCGCCGCGUCGGCGUCCGAGGCGCCGGCGUCCUCCGAGGGGCCCGCGACGGCGGCCUUCCAGAGAAACGCGGCGGCGAUGGCGGCGACGACGGCUGCGGCGCCCUUGGCGCCGGCGGCGGCGAGGCUCGACAUGAUGAGUCCGGCGACGAUGACGCCCGCGAAUAUGGACGACAUCGCCUCGGAGAACGGCAUGCCGAGGACGAAGGCGACCAUCGCGCCGGUCCAGGCGCCCGUGCCCGGAAACGGCACGCCGACAAAGGCCGCGAGCGCGGUCCAGCGCGCGUUGCCCGAGACGGCUCCGGCCUUGGCCCGCGCCUUCGAGAGCGGCUUGUCAAGCAGCUUCUGCACGAAGUUCGAUCGCAGCGCGAGGAGCAACGGCGCGAUCGGGACCAUGUUGCCCGCGACGCACAAAAAGAAGACCUUGGGGAGCGGCAUGCCCAUCAUCGCGCCGACGGGGAUCGCACCGCGGAGCUCGACGACCGGCAUGGCCGCAAUCGUCGCGACGAUCCAGGCGUCCGCGAAGCCCGACGCGCGCAGCUUCGCGCUCACGACGUCCGCCAAAUGGCUGGCGGACGCCGGCUGCGGGGCCAGCAGCGCGAGCGACGCGACCGCGGCGACUUGUGCGACACGCUUUGCUCUGGGCGCUGCCGCGACCGCCGGGGCUUUGGCAAGCCGCGGCGGGGCGAGGCGGGGCGCCAGCCGCAGCGCGCUCGCAGCGGAGCACAGGACGAGGAGGCGCUGCAUGGCGUGCGAGCGUGCUCAGAGUUGCGCGAGCGUGCUCUGUAGCGAG